AUGAGCGACUAUUUGUACAACCCGGUCAAUUGCAGAGCGAACAUCAAGACCGUGACGCGCCAUUCGCGGAUGCACCAGUAUUUGGGAGGCAGCUCAUCCGCAUUUUGGGUGAGCUUCAUACAUCGCAACGAGACAGGAAAAGUCGGCAGGUCACCGUGGCAUGUCGAUAAUAUGAACACACGCUGCAAGUUGUUUGCUAACAAAAAACUUCAAGAGGCAGAAAUAUCUGCGUUACGCGAGCUAAAAGGCCGUCCUCAACCGCAAACACCACGACUGAGCAGCCACAUAACGAUACAAUCAUUUUGCUGUACCGGUACGUUGACCAGAUUGCUAAUGUCCCGAUACAAGUUGAACGUCGGACCGCUGGAAGCUGAAAAAAUCAAAACGGUGGCUGUGGAAGUGCUGAACACGUUGGACUUUAUGCAUAACACCUUGGGCAUCGUCCACGGGGAGUUGAGUUCACACCACAUACUCGUCAACGAGAACUGCACAAUUGUUCGGUUAGUCCAUCCGGAAGCGGGCGGCAAACACCUUGACGUGGAUGACAAAGUAAUCGAACCGACGACCGUUAUCAUCGGGUUAUGGUCGGCACCGGAAUUGCUACGCAAAUCCAGAACCAUCACUGCGAAGGUCGAUGUAUUUUCGUUCGGCCUGGUGUUGUACGAGAUGAUGUCCUGUAUGCCACCGUACUUAUUUCCCGACAUGGAAAUGCUCAAGCUGCCGGAUCCGCAGCAACUACUCUACAAUCACGAAUGGUACAAGAGUCAACGCUUCGGCUUUGACUUUCGGCGAAAACGCCGCGCCACGGCACGAAUGUCGACCGCGCCCAUGCCUUCGGCGCUGCAACCGGAGGUCACGUGCCCAUCAUUUUUGGAAAAUGCGCCAAACUAUGCGCGCCUGGGCACCAGACCGGAAAUGCCCAACGAAGAGCUGCUCGGUGAGGAAUAUGACCAUCUUCUGGCGAUGUUUAAUCGCUGCACAGAGCAGCACCGCGAAAACCGGCCAUCCGUUAAACGGCUCCUUUGGGCCUUUAAUCGCAUAGGCCAAGAACAGACAAAUCUGUAA